AACAUUUUAUCACUUUAUUACUUUUGAUUUCUUCAGAUGUUUGCACACACAAAUGAAAAUCCACCGUUCCGGCCGUUUGCAGAGAUCACCUGAGUGUCGAGUUGCAGAGAAGAGUAAAAACCUGCCGGACAAGUUCACCUCUGCCUGGAUUUUAAACAAGUAUAACGUACAUCUGAGCACACAUGCAUGAUGUGUGGCAUCACUCAGGAAGUGGUGAUGAAACAACAAAGGCAGAAAAGCAGAAGAGUGUCUGGCACAGUAACAGACAGACAGAAACACUGAAAAUUCAACAGAGAGAUGGGCAUGAGUGACACCAUGACAAGCAACUGCUCAUUUGAAGAGGUGGACCAAAUGAUGAGAUACUUGGAGCUGAUCAUCUACAUGCCCAUAUUCCUCAUUGGUCUGCUUCUCAAUGUCGCCGCGCUCCUGGUGUUCUGCCUCUUUCUGCGGAAGUGGACCGAGUCGACCAUCUACAUGACCAGCUUGGCUCUGAUGGACCUCCUCCUCCUCUUCCCUCUUCCCUUCAAGAUGCACGCCACCAAUCACCUCUGGCCCACCCACCUCCAGUCGUUCUGCUCCGUCCUGGAGAGCCUCUAUUUCAUCGGGAUAUACGGCAGCAUCUACACCAUAAUGUGUAUAGCUGUGGAUAGAUGGGUGGCUAUCUGUCACCCGUUCAAAGCCAAGCAGCUGCGUUCCCCCAGAGCGGCUCUGGGGAGCUGCGUGGGGGUCUGGGCGCUGGUGCUGGCAGCAAUCUCUCCAACCAUCUACGGAUUCAGGCAGGGCAGCCGGACAGAGUUCCACUGCUUCCAUGCCUUUUCCCAGAAAGGCUGGAGCCCUCAGCUGAUCAUCUGUCUGCAGGUGUUUGGCUUCCUGCUGCCUGCUCUGGUGGUGAUUUACUGCUCACUUCAGACCAUCUGGGCUCUCCGGCAGUCCGGCCAGCGCAGCGCCAGGAGCCGGGCCUGCGUGAAGAUCAUCUACAGCAGCCUGAGCGCCUUCCUGCUGCCCUUCACCCCGAGCCACUUGGGCAUCCUCCUGCAGUUCCUGGUGCACCAGGGGGUGAUCCAGGACUGCGGCACCAAGACCAGGAUCAGCCUGUUCAUCCAGAUCGCCAUGUGUCUGUCCAACAUCACCUGCUGUCUGGACGCUCUGUGCUACUACUUCAUCGCCCACGAGGUGAGGAGCACCAAACGCAGCUUCAGGAUGUCGAUGAGCCAAAGAAGAGCCACAAACAGCACUUCAGAGGUCUGAACACAGGACUAAUACAAUGCAAGUUAACAUACAGUUUGACCCCAGAGGACCUCUGGUAGUGAAUACAAGAUCUGACAUCCUGUUUUAGGGCCCACGAAGAGCCAGUGGUGGUUCAGGUAGCUGAUGAGGCACCCGCUAAGACUAGCGGGUGGAAAGAAGCAGGUCAGAGUGCAUUUUCAAAUAACCGUCAAGCUGAAAGCAGAGCUAUGUGAUCUGGUCCAGCAGCAGGAAGCCGACAGGCAUCUCUGUAACCUCAAACAGCUCUGAUACCCAAAAUGUAAGCUGCAAAAAGAAAAUCCAGCAUCAAGCCACAAUGUGACAUGGUUCUCAAAUGAACUAAGGGAGACAGCUCAAAGCGCUCUCAGGUCACUGAGUCCUGAACACUGACGAUGAGAGAUAAACUGACGUGUGGGGUGAUUCACUUUAAGGCUGUAAAACCUGCACAGGCAGCUCACUGCAGAGGUUUGUUGUUCAGAUCCUCAAGAAAUGAAGUCAAAGAUUAGUAGAAGGAGCUGCUAUUAUUCUGAAGCUUUUUUUAAAAACAAGACAAAGAGAUGGUAACAUUUCAGACCGGUCUGCUUCAAUGUACACUUGGUAAGUUAUGAAAGGUAUUAUAUUACUUGUAGAAUUAGUCAUGCCUUAAAAGACGCAACUAAUUACUGAUCAUAAUUACUCAUAAAGCAUAAAUAAUUUGUAAUAAAUCAAAUGGAAAUUUAUAUUAAAAGUCAAGUUGAAAUAAGCAAUUAAUUUAAAUGAAUUUGAGAAAAUAAAUUAAUUAAACUUACAAUUUGAUUAAAAUAUGAAUUUAAAUCUUUCCCUAUCAAGUACAUAAAUAAAUCCGACACCACCAACACAAAAAUGUAAAAAUGAAUUAUGGAUUGAUAAAAUAAAAUAAUUAGCUUAACAAAAUUGACUUAAUAUUUUUCUAGCUAAAGUGUUGAUCUGCCGAUGGAGACUUCUUAAACAAAUAUGUAUUACUUGUAACAGAAGUUACAAGUAACUGUAAAUGUCAUAUCAAAUUUACAUUAACUAAUAAAUUCAAUGUAUUCUGCUUUUUUUAAUUUACAGAAGGAAGAUUUAUUUAUGCAUUCACUCGAUAAAUCAUUCAUUAAAUAAAGCCUGAGUCAGAGUAGCAAAGAUUUUCUAACUUGUCUAGAUUUUAAAUUGAAUCUUGAACUUAUUAAUGUAAACUCAAAUAGUAUUAAUGAUUAUACUUAACACAUUUCUAAUAAUGAAUUUUUGCAGUUUUACGGACCCAAACUGACUGACUGCAUGUUUCUUUUUGUCUUCAACUUAGACUCUUAGUAGUGUAUAUACUGUAUAUGACAUGUUGUAGCUCAUGACGUAUGUAAAUAUUAUGGACAUAUACUUCAUCUUGUAUCUAAAAUGUUCAGAUUGUUUUUAAAUGUAUCAGAGGUGCAAUGAUGUUUUUUUUUAAAUUGUUCAAAGUCAAGUGUUACAGGGAGACAGCCUAUGCACUUCAAGAAUGUUUUGAUAUUAGUAUGUUCACGGGGGCACAUUUGAUUUAUGCACAGUCAAACCUAAACCCAAGUGAAGUACAUGAAGCUCCGGAAGGCGUUUAGGGAAUUUACUGAGCAUUAGUGCUGUUUUUAUUGGAUACAGUAAUCAAUGAAAAGCUAUUUUCUAAAACCAGAAACAUGACAUGAAACUACCAUGUGCUGUUUUUCUUGCAUUUACUCGAGUCUCGGUACUUUCAUUUUGCACUAGUAUUGCCAUUGUUGAGUUUCAGUCUCAUGUGUUCGUCCUCAAUUCUGUUUUGUUUUUCAGUUAUUUUUCAUUUCUGUUUCUGUCUUUUUCAUAUUACAUUUUUUUAAAGGAAAUUGUUUUUGUGAAGCCACCAAGUGUCUAGAUCCAACUCACAGAGUCUGCAGGUGUGGUGUUUUUUCCGUUCUUUUUUUUUUUGCAAUAAAGACAAAACAAAGUGAUGUAAAAUUAGUAUUCAUCAGGGAAAAGAGCCUGACAGCAGAAUACUAUAGAUUCUGCAAACUCACAGAAAGGAUUUCUUUUAUUUAUAACUUGUAUACGUCAAACAUACAAGGUACGAGCACUUAACUUGUAUGUUUGAUGCCUGUUUUAAAAGCUGUUUAACAUUUAACACUGACUUGUUGACGUUUGGAGGAAAUAUCCAUAUACUGGUUUUAUCAACACAUUUCCACUUCAGUUUAAAAGGGAAAUUUAGCUAACCACGUG